CCGGUCGAUGGAUUCUCUUAAAUCUUCCGAGCAUGCUGCAGGCGCAGCGCCUUAUCUACUAUGAUGCGACCUGUGUAACCUUCUUCUGCUAGAAUUUCCUCUCCAUCUGCAUUUGAUGACAUCUUGUUGUUGCUACGAGUAUCAUUCGCCAAAGUUCCAACGGACUGGAACAACUACUGAAUAUGUCGACAAAUAACGACGAUAGCACUUCAUAUAGUCACUCAACUCUAGAAGCAGUGCCCAAACAAUAUCCGUCAAAAUUCACAGUACUACCAACGGCGGAUGAUACCCCCAAAUACUUCUAUGAACCUCCCCCAGCCGAAUCUUCACCCCCGUCUAAGGCCGCACGUUACACAACCCGGCCCUUUUUAAUAAUAUAUGCCAUUUUAAUCGCGAUCAUUGCGGGUGUAGUGGGAGGAGUGGCAGGGAAAUUUAUUGAAGCAAACAACAAAGGUGUCGAUCCGACUCGAUGCAGCUCUGGACAAAGUGGGAGUCCACUGGAAGCUGUCCCGUCGCUAUGCCCUCAACCCCCGAAUCCAACGAAAAAUGAUACCAACGCGACGGCACAAGCGAUAACGAUACCCUUCGUCGACUGCGAUAAGGUAGACGAGCAAUUCGUUACCUCUGAUCUGUCCAAAGUUCCGUACCGUAUCUUCUGUGACGUGGACUGGUCAUCUGGCCCGGACCCGCAACCCGACAUUGUCGCAAUUCUCGCAGCGUCACCUUCCGAAUGUAUAGAAGCAUGCGACAGUAUCAACAUAUUCAACGGUUCCAGUGCUCCCUGUGCAGGGGGCAUCUAUGUUCCCGAGUGGUUCGAUGGCGAACGUGCCAUGGCGGACAACAACAACAAGCCUCAGAAUUGCUUCCUGAAGCCUCGGUUAGCCAGGUUACCCAAGAGAAACACGAACCACAAAAUCAAACAAGUCUUGGGUCUGUGCGUUCCGAAAGCAUGCCCUGAUCAUAAAGGCUGAAGACUUCGACAUGCAGGCCAGCUAUAAUGACCAAUGGCACUUCCACCCAAGCUGCCGCCUAAUACUCUCGAACGGCUUUCAUAAGCCACUAUAGAUUUGAGAAACAACUUGUGGCCUUGAUGCUGGAUGCAAUACCUGGGGAGAACAUGUUCAUUUCAAGUCAAGCCUAGGCCACCGAGUUGUUCGGAAUUCUCCAACGAAACCAUGAAGUAGCACCAUAUUCAUGCUACGAUGUUGUACAUACUAUAUAUAACAAGUUUUAAUAUCAAGGACCUGCAGAUGACGACG